AUGCCAAGGGGCAAUGGACAAGGCGCAAAAGAAACGACUGGUGAUGGAGGACAAUUGAUGGCCAACACACAGUUUUACGUGCACUAUCAAGGAUGGGCCAAGGAAUGGGACGAGUGGGCCAAGGAAGAUGUUGUACAAGCCAAGAAGGAGAAAAAACUAAUGAAAGAGAAACAAACAAGUUCAGGUGGAAUGGAUUCACUUCGUUCUUGCAAGUCGCCGUUCAAGCGGUUGAAACGAAAUGUAGAGAAUGACUAUGAAGAGUGUUCAGGACUCAAGGAGCAAAAUCAAACAGAGAAAAUGAAGCCUAACGUUAAUCAGAUUAUCAAGACAUGCUUGGAGUUCAAAAAGUCAAAGGUGCGGAAUGGCCAGGUGAGCGAUAAGAAGGAAUACACGAACGUUGAAGGUAUUAUGGAAGGAGUGCAGUCCUAUUUUGAUCGUGCAUUGAGCUCCAUUCUGCUCUAUCGCAUGGAACAUCGACAGUAUCAGGAGCUCCGCCAAGAGGAGACAGAGGGCGUGCCACUCUCGCAGAUCUAUGGCGCCGAACAUCUUAUCCGUCUAUUUGUUUUAUUGGCAAGCUCCAACAUUUCGCCUCGCGCGUUACUUCAGAUCCAGGCUCGUCGAAAUGACUUUUUCAAGUUUGUUCAAAACAAUGCGUCUGCGUGGUUUGUAACCGAGUAUGAAGCUGCAUCGGAAAAGUUUGUAGAACAAGCUAACAGCAGCGCAGUCGAUUAUCUACAUGAUCACUACGUGGGAGACUUGGAUUCUCGUCAUAGUGUUGUUCUAUGCUGCUUUUCAGCUUCAUUUCUUACCUAA